ACUGAGCGGGAGAGAACAUGCCGCCAUUGCUGUUCCUUCAAAGAGCCCUAGAUUCUCGAGCCCCGCAUCCAAAGCCUUUCUUCUCUCUAAAUUCAUCUUCUUCUCCUCCUCGGAUCCCUACUUUCCUUUAGGGUUUACUGAUCUUUUGCGGUUUUCUUUCAUUUGAAUCCAAUGGGGAGCUCCGAUGAGAGGGUGGUGGCGGUUAUCAUGGUCGGCGGCCCGACCAAAGGCACUCGAUUCAGGCCGCUUUCUCUCAAUGUUCCCAAGCCAUUGUUCCCUCUGGCUGGGCAGCCGAUGGUCCAUCAUCCAAUCUCCGCUUGCCGAAGAAUACCAAAUUUGGCGCAAAUUUAUUUGAUUGGGUUCUAUGAGGAAAGGGAGUUCGCUCUCUAUGUUUCUUCAAUAUCUAAUGAGCUCAGAGUUCCUGUUAGAUACUUGAGAGAGGAGAAGCCUCGUGGUUCUGCGGGUGGGCUCUAUAGUUUUCGGGAUUACAUUCUGGAAGACAAUCCGUCUCAUAUAUUUUUGCUGAAUUGUGACGUUUGUUGUAGCUUCCCCCUGGCGGAAAUGCUCGAUGCCCAUAAAAUCUAUGGUGGGAUGGGGACUGUCUUGGUGAUCAAGGUAUCUGCUGAAUCAGCCCACCAGUUUGGUGAACUGGUGGCUGAUCCCAUCACAAAGGAGCUGCUGCACUACACAGAGAAGCCUGAAACUUUUGUUAGUGAACUCAUAAAUUGUGGUGUGUAUGUAUUUACUCCAGCAAUUUUUGCAGCCAUCCAGGAUGUUUUCAUGCAAAGGCGAGGCAAAGCUGAAUUGCGACGGGUGACGAGUUUUGAAGCUCUCCAAUCAGCAACAAAGUCUAUUCCUGCUGAUUAUGUUAGAUUGGAUCAGGACAUAUUGUCGCCUCUUGCUGGAAAAAAGGAACUCUAUACAUAUGAGACUUUAGACUUCUGGGAGCAGAUAAAGACUCCAGGGAUGUCCUUAAAGUGUUCUGCCUUAUAUCUACAUCAAUUUCGAUAUACCUCAACCCACCUUCUUGCCAGUGGGAAUGAUACCAAACGCGCAUCUAUAACUGGUGAUGUUUAUAUUCAUCCAUCAGCAAAAGUGCAUCCCACAGCCAAGAUUGGUCCAAAUGUCUCAAUUUCUGCGAAUGCUCGGAUAGGCGCAGGAGCUAGGCUUAUCAGCUGCAUUAUUUUAGACGAUGUGGAAAUAUUGGAAAAUGCAGUUGUCAUACAUGCCAUAGUCGGAUGGAAAUCCUCCAUCGGAAAAUGGUCCCGAGUUCAGGGUGGAGGAGAUUACAAUGCAAAACUAGGAGUAACUAUUCUUGGUGAAUCUGUGGCUGUUGAAGAUGAAGUGGUUGUGAUUAAUAGCAUUGUGCUCCCUAACAAGACCCUUAAUGGCAGUGUACAGGAGGAAAUCAUCCUAUAAUACUCUGUUUCCUUAUUUCUCAAAUAAGGCCUUAUUUUAGUUUUUUUUACAAUCCAG